AUGGGCUCGGAGUCAGACACAGCUGAUUCACCGGAUCAGACUAUAAGCAAAGUGGCAGACUAUAUCAAACAGAACGAUGUGAAACGAAUUGUGGUUCUUGCCGGGGCUGGGAUUAGCACAGCCAGUGGUAUCCCCGAUUUCCGAACUCCCGGUUCCGGUCUAUACGACAACUUGGCUCGUUUCGAUCUGCCCUGGCCGGAAGCAGUGUUCGAUUUGGAGUACUUCUACUCUGAUCCGAAACCAUUUUACGUUUUGGCCAAAGAGUUGUAUCCCAGUGGCCGGUAUCGACCGAAUGUGGCGCACUAUUUUAUUCGACUGUUACACGAACAGUCGCGACUAUUGCGCGUCUAUACGCAAAAUAUUGACAGUCUUGAGCGCAUGGCCGGGAUCCCGGAAGAGAAGUUAGUGGAAGCUCAUGGCACUUUUCUCACGGCCACGUGCACAGUUUGUCGCGCAAAAGCUUCUCGAGAUCUUGUCAAAGUGAGUGGUCUCGAUUUGAUCAUGUCCUCGUGCUUGACCGGAUUGCCGCGGGUAUAG